CGGAGGGGCCGCCGCCGCGGGCGGGAGCCGCCUGCCGCAAGGACGGGGCGAGUCGGGCCGCCGCCGGGAGCCGCCCUUCUGCCGCGGGCAGCGGAGCCGCAGUGCGCGGAACGGGGAGAUCUCUGAACAACAACUUCUUCACAUAAAUUGAUAAAAGCGAGGAAGAGAUGGCCAGUUCAGCACGAGAACAUCUGCUAUUUGUGCGACGUCGCAACCCGCAGCUCCGCUAUACUCUGAGCCCAGAGAAUCUGCAGAGUUUGGCAUCUCAGGGCACCAUGGCUGAGAACAUGAAUUUGCAACGUGCCAACAGUGACACUGACUUAGUGACCUCAGACAGCAGGUCUAGUUUGACAGCCAGUAUGUAUGAAUACACCUUGGGGCAGUCUCAGAACCUCAUAAUAUUCUGGGAUAUUAAGGAAGAAGUUGAUCCAACUGACUGGAUAGGACUUUAUCACAUAGAUGAGAACUCUCCAGCCAAUUUCUGGGAUUCCAAGAAUCGGGGAGUGACUGGCACACAAAAAGGACAGAUUGUAUGGCGAAUUGAACCUGGUCCCUAUUUUAUGGAAUCUGAAAUAAAGAUCUGUUUUAAAUAUUACCAUGGUGUUAGUGGAGCCCUCCGAGCUACUACUCCAUGUAUCACUGUGAAAAACCCUGCUGUGAUGAUGGGAGUAGAAGGCACAGAUGAAGGUGCUUCUGGAGCCCAGCACUCUCGGAAGUUAGUCAGCUUUACGCUAUCAGACAUCAGAGCAGUUGGACUUAAAAAAGGCAUGUUCUUCAACCCUGAUCCUUAUCUAAAGAUGUCCAUCCAGCCGGGCAAGAAAAGUACAUUUCCUACAUUUGCUCAUCAUGGUCAGGAAAGAAGAUCGACCAUCAUCAGUAACACAACUAACCCUGUUUGGCACAGAGAGAAAUAUUCUUUUGUUGCACUUCUAACAGAUGUCCUGGAAAUUGAAGUUAAAGACAAAUUUGCCAAGAGCCGUCCAAUCAUCAAACGCUUUCUGGGGAAGUUAACCAUACCAGUUCAGAGACUGUUGGAGAGGCAUGCAAUUGGAGACCAGAUUCUCAGCUAUAAUCUUGGCAGAAGGCUCCCAGCAGAUCACGUCAGUGGAUAUCUCCAGUUCAAAGUGGAAAUCACAUCUUCUGUUCACGAAGAUGCUUCACCAGAAACGGUUGGCACUUUGCUAGGAGUGAACUCUGUAAAUGGAGACUUGGGCAGCCCCUCUGAUGAUGAGGACAUGCCAGGAGGACAUCAUGAUACUUCCACAGUGUGUUCCAAUGGUCCAGUCCUUGAGGAAUCUUCCGGAGAAACAAUCCAGAGACAUCCUUUAAGGACUAGUACAACACUAGAAACAGAUCAGGAUGACUUAACCUCUGGUGCUUCAAGAUCAUCACCUACAAGAGGUCGCCAGGACUCACUGAAUGACUAUCUGGAUGCAAUAGAACACAGUAAUCAUCCCAGACCUGGGACGUCUGCCUGUGGUGAACGUCCACGUGGAGCCUCCCCAAAACUGAGGAGUAGCUUCCCUACUGACACAAGACUUAAUGCAAUGCUUCACAUUGACUCAGAUGAGGAGGAGCAUGAGCUACAUCAAGACCUGGGUUUCCCAUCUUCCUUGGAAGAUGACGGUGGCUUAGUAAUGCUUAAUGGUGCUACAAGAAAUGCUGAAAGAAAUGGUUUAAGUCACUCAUCUGAUCAGGUAACACAAGGGCCUGCAGAGAAUGGAAAUGUUUCAGCCUCUGAAGCUCCUUUGCCCUCAACUGAUGACCAGCCGGAGAGUCUCCCAGAGCUUCUGCCAUCACAGUUAGUUGAAGGUGAAAGCCUGCAAGGUUCUCAGGAUGAAGCACCGGCAGACCAGGCUGGUGGCGACUCAGAUGCUGUGCAGGAGGCAGAGCAGCCUCCCAGUAAUACAGAUGCAGGAGCUGCUGAUGCUGCUGCUGGGAGCAGAAGGGGUGUUAGUGAGACAGAAUCUAUUGAUCAAGGGUCUGAACCUUCCCAGCUGUCAUCAGAAACAGAGCAGAGUGAUCCUGCUCGCACAGAAAGUGUCAGUGAGGCUAGCACCCGACAGGAAGGGGAGAGUGAUGUGGAAGGGGCAGACAGCUCUUGCAAUGAAAGUGCAACUGUGCGACGUUCCUCAGUUGAAAUGCGCUGUUCUUUUGAAAGUGCCAGGUUUCCUGAGACUCCAGCAUUUUCUUCUCAGGAAGAGGAAGAGGGAGCUUGUGCUGCUGAUGUGGCCAGGACUGAGCCAGCUGCUGAAACACAGGACUCUCCAAGUACGUCUAGUUCUUUGCCUGCAGUACAGUUACCUCAGGGGGAAGUACAGGAGGCUGAGGGAGGUGAAUUACAAGACCAAGAGGAUGCAGAAGAAGUCUGGCAAAGAAGAAGCAGCCUGCAGGCAGCAGCUGCCAAUAGCCAGUCUCAGGAUGAAGAAACAGAAGGAGCCCAAGCAGCUUGUGAGGGUGCCACUGCAGAGGUUGAAGGAGCUACUGGAGGUGCUCAAGCCAAUGGCCAUCAGCCCUUGAGGUCACUGCCUUCAGUACGCCAGGAUGUUAGCCGGUACCAGCGAGUGGAUGAGGCACUGCCACCAAACUGGGAGGCUCGAAUUGACAGCCACGGACGGAUAUUUUAUGUUGACCACGUGAACAGGACAACAACUUGGCAGCGACCCACAGCCCCUCCAGCCCCACAGAUUCUCCAGAGAUCAAAUUCCAUACAGCAAAUGGAACAGCUGAAUCGCCGGUAUCAGAGCAUCCGCCGAACAAUGACUAAUGACAGACCUGAAGAGCAGACAAGUGCAGUGGAUGGAGCUGGAGAGGAGACUGACUUUCACCACUCUAAUGCAGAUUUUCGAAGAGAGAAUGUGCUGCCUCACUCUACCUCCAGAUCCAGGCUUACUUUGUUGCUCCAGUCUCCCCCUGUGAAAUUUCUUAUCAGCCCAGAGUUCUUUACAGUGCUGCAUUCUAACCCUAGUGCCUACCGCAUGUUUACAAAUAACACGUGUUUGAAGCACAUGAUCACCAAAGUCCGGCGGGACACCCACCAUUUUGAGCGCUACCAGCAUAAUCGUGAUUUGGUGGGCUUCCUCAACAUGUUUGCUAACAAACAGCUGGAGCUGCCAAGAGGUUGGGAAAUGAAACAUGACCACCAGGGCAAGGCUUUCUUUGUUGACCACAAUUCCCGCACGACCACAUUCAUUGACCCUCGGCUUCCCUUGCAGAGCAGCAGGCCUACCAGUGCUUUAGUCCAUCGGCAGCACUUAACUAGGCAACGCAGCCACAGUGCUGGUGAGGUUGGAGAGGACUCUCGUCACGCAGGACCACCAGUCCUUCCAAGACCGUCUAGUACAUUUAAUACAGUCAGCAGAGCUCAGUACCAGGAUGUGGUUCCAGUGGCUUACAAUGACAAGAUUGUUGCGUUUUUGCGGCAGCCCAACAUCUUUGAAAUUCUACAAGAGCGUCAACCAGAUCUCACCAGGAAUCAUUCACUCAGGGAGAAGAUCCAGUUCAUCCGGACAGAGGGAACGCCUGGUUUGGUGCGUUUAUCCAGUGAUGCAGACCUUGUCAUGUUACUCAGUUUGUUUGAAGAGGAGAUAAUGUCAUAUGUGCCGCCACAUGCCUUACUUCAUCCCAGUUAUUGUCAGUCCCCAAGAGGUUCACCGGUGUCCUCACCCCAGAACUCUCCAGGUACUCAGCGUGCCAAUGCCCGAGCUCCAGCUCCUUACAAAAGAGAUUUUGAAGCCAAACUACGUAAUUUUUACAGAAAGCUUGAAGCCAAAGGAUAUGGACAAGGUCCAGGGAAAAUUAAAUUAAUAAUCAGGAGAGAUCACUUGCUUGAAGAUGCCUUUAACCAGAUUAUGGGUUACUCAAGGAAAGACUUGCAGAGAAAUAAGCUCUAUGUUACAUUUGUUGGGGAAGAAGGGCUGGACUACAGUGGCCCCUCUCGAGAAUUCUUUUUCCUUCUGUCUCAGGAGCUCUUCAAUCCAUAUUACGGGCUGUUUGAGUAUUCAGCCAAUGACACCUACACAGUACAAAUAAGUCCCAUGUCUGCUUUUGUAGACAAUCACCACGAGUGGUUCAGGUUUAGUGGUCGAAUCCUUGGUCUUGCUCUGAUACAUCAAUAUUUGCUGGAUGCCUUCUUUACACGGCCCUUCUAUAAAGCCCUCCUCCGAAUACUCUGUGAUCUGAGUGACCUGGAAUACCUUGAUGAGGAGUUUCACCAGAGUUUGCAAUGGAUGAAAGAUAAUGACAUACAUGAUAUCCUGGAUCUCACAUUUACUGUAAAUGAAGAAGUUUUUGGGCAGAUCACAGAACGGGAAUUGAAGCCGGGGGGUGCCAACAUUCCAGUCACAGAAAAAAACAAGAAAGAAUAUAUAGAAAGAAUGGUAAAAUGGAGGAUUGAGAGAGGAGUUGUACAACAGACAGAAAGUCUAGUUCGUGGUUUCUAUGAGGUGGUUGAUGCAAGGCUUGUGUCUGUAUUUGAUGCAAGAGAACUGGAACUGGUCAUAGCUGGAACAGCAGAAAUUGACUUGAGUGACUGGAGAAAUAAUACAGAAUAUAGAGGAGGUUAUCAUGACAAUCACAUUGUAAUUCGGUGGUUCUGGGCAGCUGUGGAAAGAUUCAACAAUGAGCAACGACUAAGACUUUUGCAGUUUGUUACAGGCACAUCCAGCAUACCUUAUGAAGGGUUUGCCUCUCUGAGAGGGAGCAAUGGGCCAAGAAGGUUCUGCGUAGAGAAGUGGGGGAAGAUCACUGCCCUUCCAAGGGCUCACACUUGUUUCAAUCGUCUGGACCUUCCCCCAUAUCCAUCGUUCUCUAUGCUGUAUGAAAAACUGUUGACAGCAGUAGAAGAGACGAGUACUUUUGGACUUGAGUGAUACACAAACCACAGUGCCCUGCUCUAUGAACUUUUGUGGAUCUGACUUCUCAAAGAACGAAUGAACAUUUGUACCGGAUUUCAGAUUGCCAUUCCGAUAAUGAGGUUCCGUGAAAGAGCUUAUGAAGCAAUUAAAAAGCAUUGUGAUAGUGGCAGAAUUCUCUACAGUGAAUCUGGAGCGUGGCUGAAGUGUAGGGAAAACCAAGUCCUGCAAUCCCUGCUUUUUCAGGAUGAUCAGACUUCCUAUGUUUUGUUGUGAGGAAACAAGAAAUGUGCGAUCCCAUGUUGAGGUCAGCCUGGCUACUGCAAAACUGACAUGAGUCUGAAAACUGGAUUUCACCAAAGUCGAUGAAUAGAAAAUUCAAGUCAAAAUGUGAAAUCAUUCAGGCCCCACCUACACAGUAAAUCAGUGAAAAAUCAUACAAUAUACUUUUUGUUCUUUUUUUUUUGUUUUUUUUUUUCUUUUGUAUAUUCAUGAAGGUACAUUACUUAAUGCCAUGUGUUAUAACAGCAUAUCCAGCACUUGAUAAACCUAAGACUACGAGUGCCUGCUUGGGGUGCACCAUAGAGUUCAAGUUCCUGGGGCAGAAGUGAAUUGGAAGGAAAGUCAGCAAAGGAUGCAACAACAAUGGCUUGCAUUAAGGAGGUUUGUGAAAAUAUGUUUGCCAGUGGUGUGUAUGACAAAAGAUGAGCUGUUAUAAUGAACUGAGAAACUUAAUUGGACUGAUUUUAUGAUUUAUACUGCAUGGAAACUAUUUUAAGAAGAAACUAGCAAUUUAUCACAGCAUAUCAGGAACAAAAAUCCUAACACGGUGACUUCUGUUUAUUUUUAUAGGUUCAUUAUAUUAUGUUUCUUAGAUUGUAAACAGGAAACAAGCAAACUAAAAUGCUCUUUCUGUUUUUGCCACUUUCCAUGCUUGAACAGACAUUCUGCUGGUGUUUAUUCUUUGAGUAUUCUCAAGGAAAAAAAAAAAAAAUAGCCUUUUAUUUUUAUAAGAGUGAAAAAAAAACUCCCAAAAGUAUUUUGCACUGAAUGUACCAAAGUUGAAGGGACGUUAUGAUCUGAAUGACAGCAAACUGCAUCACUAUCAACUAUCUAUAAAAACACUUAGGAACCAGGCUUUCUUCACGGUGCCAUGUCUACAGAUACCAGGACUGUGCACAUAAGUAAUAAUUUUAUAAUACUCUAUGUGAUAUUGUAAUAUGCAUUUAUUUUAAAUGCAGCUGGAUCAUUUUUUCAUGCAUUGGAUUACUUAAUGCAGUGGAGUUUAAUACAGACAUUUCAUAUGCUCCCCACGACUUGUUAUUUGUACAGCACCACAAAGCACUAGCUCAUGUGGAAAUCCACGAGCAACCUACUUUAAGAUGAACCACUGGUCAUAAUGCCACUGUCACAUAUCAGAGAACUCCCACAAGAUGUAAACUGUCCCUUAGUCUUGCAUUUUCUUGCAUUUUCACUGAUAGUUUUCUUGCAUUUUCACUGGUUUUCUUACCAAAUGUGAUUUGAAAGAGUUUUUAUAGUCUAUCAAACACUGCAUGGACGCCAGUUUCUUUAUGCUUAAUUUUGCUGAAAUACAUGAGGCUUGCUUGCAUCUAUUUUUGGUACUUUCCUCCAGAUGGUCUCGUGGAACACUGUUGCAGCUGCGCGCCCUUUCUCGUGCAGCUGCUGCUACAGAGUGCAUCCACAUUUCUUAAAUUCCAGGAAGUUGCACUUGGAUCCUGUACGACAAGAACACGAAUCUAGUUUUGCGCUAGCAGUCGUGAUAGCGCCAAAGCGCAGCACACUAUUGUGUGAGAAAAGAAGCCUCUGAAGUAAAUUUAAUUUUCCUGCUUUGGAGACACUUGAAAGGGCAUCUCGGGGAGGCAUCCUGCGUGGUCCUGGGGAAGCAUUUUUCCAUGGAGGUGAGCGUCAGUAGAGGUGUUGUCAGUAAAGAGUGCCGUUCCACCCUCCAAGUUGGAAAUCUAUGUGCAGCCAGGCAGCACAGACUGAGGAAACCCUUCAGGCUUCCUGAGCAAACAUUACACGUGCAAAGGAAAACCCAGUUGCAAAAUCAGAGUGAAAGCCUUCUUUGAUUUCAGGAAUAAUUGAGCUUCUGCAUGACAUUUGGGACUCCAAUAGCCAAGUAACAUAGGUUUUCUUGCACUACUUCUGGCUGGCAUGAAAUAGCAAAGAGAAAUCCAAUCAUGUCUCCCUACUUUUAGACAUAUAUUUACCAAUCUUUGCUGAAACUGCAUGUCACAGAUUUUGCAGAAUACAGAUGAGCAGUAGGCAAAUUGAUUCUUUGUCAGGUAACUCCAGCAUUGCUCACGUUUCAUGUGAUCCGUUCACUGAAUAGCUGAAACUCCGGAACUCAAAGCAGAACACAACUUCUGCUUGGUUGAAGGACCGAAGAAUUUUGUUUUUACAGUACUGUGUUAUCUGUGGUCUAAAAAAAGAGAUUUCCCAGGUGGAAACUGUAAUUAGAAGUUUUGAACCAGAAACUCUUUGGAAUGAAAACUUAUAAUAUUUGGCACAAGUGAAGUUUAUACUAGUCUGCCUUUAAGUUAUGCUUUUGUACAAAUCAAGAACAAUAAAUGCGUCUUGUCAGUUUUUAUUUAAAUAUA